CAGACCAACAUGUGAGUCAUUUAUGUUUUAAAAAAUUGCCAAAGGGUCAGUGAUAUUAGAACAAAGGAACAAUCAGUACUUCUUAAAAAAGUUACCGACCCAACUGUUGCCAAAAAUUUUAUUUUUUAUCUCAAAUUAGUUAUGAUAUUUUUAAUAUAUAAUUUAUUAAAUAUAUAAACAAUUUUCUGUGAUUAUUAAAUAAAUUUAAAUUUAGAACAAUAAAUUAUUUAAAAAAUUUUAAUUGAAUAAAAAAUUUUUUUUUUUUUAGUUGCAUCAUAUUUAUUGUAUUGUAAUUUAAAUUUAUAAUUCGGGACUUGCAAUUUAUCACUCAGCAUUUACGUGCAUUUAUUAGAUAGUUUUAUUGAUAGUUUUUUUUUUGAGAUUAUUUUACUUUUUUUAUAAAUAAAUUUAUAAUGGAGCAAGAAGAUCGUGCUAAGAUAGAUCGAUGUGUUGAUACAAUGGUACCGAUAAUUAACAUGGAAUCACUGUGGCCACAAUUGUUUGACAAUGAAAUUUUUAAUAGAGAUGAUGUCAAUGUCCCAAAGUGGCAGGACAAAUUGGAUCAAGCGGAAACAAAACGUGAUAUUUUACGAACAAUUAAAACUCGUGGUCCUAGAGCAUAUAAAAAUUUUUUAAAAUGUUUGAGAAUAACACAUCACGAGCAUUUAAUAAAUAUUUUAGAAAAUCCAGUGUCUAUUUUUUUAAAUAAUACUGCUAUCAGUACUGCUUCUAGUACUAGUACUGGUUUCAAUAAUAAUAUUAUUAUUAUUGAUGAUCCUGAUGAUGAAUUAGUUUAUAAUCCAGCAGAAGCUAAAGAACCACUUAAGAUCGUAGUAAGAAAAUCUCGUGAGUUUCUUGAUUCUUUUGGAAGCGAAGACCACUGGCCUAUGAAAAGUAAACCUCGGGGAUUGGUAUUAAUAAUAACUCUCAUAAAUUACAUUGACGCGGAUCGUGAUAGAUCGGGUGGGAUAGUCGACCACGAAAAUUUGAUCUCUCUUUAUACGCAAAUGGGGUUGGAAGUUCAUGAGCGUAAAGAUUUGACUGCUGACGAAAUAAGCGACGAAGCCAAAAAAUUUUCUCAGUUAGGAAAAUUACGAUCAGUCGAUUGUUGUUUCGUUGUAAUUUCUGGACAUGGAGACUCCAAUGAAAAUGGCGAGAGUGUGAUCCAGGGUGUGGAUCAUACGGGAGUCGCUUCAACUCAGCACAGAGAAAUUACAUGUAAUAAAAUAAUAGAUUAUUUCUCUGCGGAAAAUUGUCCGAAUUUGGCGGGAAAACCCAAAGUAUUUAUUUUUCAAGCCUGCAGAGGCAAGAAUAAACAGAAGGCACUGACGUAUCAGGGCUCAAGACAUACAAAUGAUAACCUUUCAUUAGAUCCAGAUAUUAAGCAACGUGAUGGCAAUCGGAUACGAGUUUCAGGAAAAUCUGUAAGGAAUUAUUCGGAUAUUCUUGUUAUUCAUUCGACACUGCCAAAUUAUGUGUCAUUCCGAGACUCUAAAUACGGAUCUUGGUUCAUCCAAAUACUGUGCGAAGUAUUUAUGAAACGGGCUUAUCGUUGUCAUGUACUUGAGUUAUUGCAAACAGUUGAUAAACGUUUAGAGUCACUCAGAACAACGGACUUCCACUGCCAGACAGCACCGAUUGAAAUAAUAGGCUUCCAUAAAAAGAUGUAUAUUAAUCCUGGACUUUUUGAAUAGACUUGUCUGUACCUCAAUCAUAUUUUAAUUAUCACUAUUAAUUUAAUUAUCAUUUUACUUCCAUAUAUUAUUAAUAUAUUACGUAAAAAAUAUUAUUAAUGACAUUCCACAUUGUAUGUAUGGGAUCUCAAGCAAGACUUUAAUAUAUAUCUAAUUAGGAUGAUCAUUGUCUGAGUAGAUUAAAUCUACGUAGGUUAAGAUAUUUUGUAUAUUUUUUAUGCCAAUAGAGAAUUUAAAUAAAUAAGUAU